GCAAGCCCAGCUAUUCUUUGACAAAAAACGCUAACAUCGCCGUCAAUUGCACCAGAAGAAGACUCUCCUUCGCGUCGUUUCAAUUCACAUAGAGAAAAAAGAAGAGAGCGAUGGGAGGAGCACAAGCUUUGAAGAGAAUCCCUCGCAUCAAAUUCCCUCAAAGACACUCCACCAAAUCCUCUGGUAAUGGGUCGCAGCCGGAAGAAGCAUUGAGAUUUGGGAGUGCUUAUCAAGCUUUCUUUUCUAACUUCAAGACUUCAACUUCUGUUGGAGGGAAAGCUUCUCUUCAGCCCAAGCGAACUCCAGUUUCGAAUGAGGAGAUUGAGGCGAUCUUGUUGGGUGGAUGUAUCUGAGCUUCUCUUGGAGCUCUGAAAAGGGAGCUGCAACAUUCGUUUUUGCUCUUUUAGUUUUCAAAUACAAGAGUUCAUUUCAACCAAUACCAUUGCUUUGUAUGGAGUUCAUUGAAACACAAUCACUAAUGCAAUUUUCAAUGUAAUUGAGGUUUUCUUGGCUCACACAUGGUUUGUUGAUUAUUGAUACUUUGACGGUGGUGAGAUUUUUACAAAUAAUGGAGGGUUUCUUGGCUCA